AGAGAAGAGAAGAAAAUAAUACCUGAAUAUAUUCUUGAACAAGAAUUAGAGAAAAGGAUGAUGAAUGUUUAUGAGGAAAUGGCUCUGAACAAAAUAAAAGAACUUGAAGAUGAUUAUGAAAGAAGAAAACAUUCCGACUACAGGGUGGCAGAUUACAGUGCAGUGCUGCAUAAAGAUGAAACUUUUAAGAAAAAUAAAAGUUCUCACGCCAAACAACAAGCAUUGAAUCUCAGGGCUAAAGCACUUUAUAACUUUAAUCCAGAGAGAGACGGAGAGCUUGAGCUCAAAAAAGGUAACCUUGUGAUGAUAGUUGGUAGAGUGGAUGAGAACUGGUUGGUUGGAGAGAUAAAUGGUAGAAAAGGACUCAUCCCAACUUCAUUUAUACAGAUUAUUGAGGAGGAAACAGGUUUACGACUGGUGGCUAAAUAUAGUUUCCGGUCAGCUAAACAGGAGGAGCUGACUAUAGUCAAGGGAGAGAUAGUGCAGUUCGAGAGGUUUGUUGAUGAGAAUUGGGUUGAAGUGAGUAUGGGAGAAAGGAUGGGUAUAGUUCCCGUAUCCUACCUAGAUACAGAAAAGGAGGUAUUGAGCUGGGAGAACGAGGUUUUAUCCCUCUCAUCUUCACCCUCACCCUCGCCCUCUACACCAGAGAGGGAUAAACAUCCAGAUGUUAUAGAGGAGAACGUUUUCAGACCUUCUGAUCUGUUGAAGUGUAAACUGCGAAGCGAGUUUAGAAAAAGAGAAGAGAAAAUGAGAAAUCUUGAAUCAAGUUUAGAUCUGGAAUAUUCUCUUUCAAGUUUAGAUUUGGAUUCUGAUACAGGGAAUACAACUGUUCAAUAGCUAGUUUACAGGACAGAGUCUAAAACUAAAGAAGGAAAAGUUGCGACUGAAAUGUUAAGUUUAACCCAUUUUUGCUGACCAGUCCCUUAAAAUAAACCGGAGGUUAACGACUGUUAUAAACCUAUUCCGCGGUCGGGCUAUUUUUGUCUAAUAUAGAUUGUGUGGUGCCCCCCCCCCUCCUCCCCUAUGAUUUUUCCUUAGAGUUGAG